AUGCCGCCCUCAGGUUUCAAGAGAUUCUUCAACCGUAAACCCUCGAGUUCCGUUGAGAAGGAAACCCCUAAGUGCACGAAAAAGACCUUCCUUAGGGGAGGAUUCUUGAAGCUAAAAAUCUCUCGGACGGUCAAGAAAGUCCCACCACUCACAGAGCAUAUACCUCGUAAACGUACGUGUACGCGUAUGGCAUUCUUCGAUUUCCCAAUUGAAAUCAUACUCCGAAUUGCCGAUGACCUCGAGGUCGACGACCUCAACUGUUUCCUCCAGACAUCCCCACGCCUGGCUAAGCUACUCUCUCCAGUACUGCUGGAACGCGCAGUAAAUCACAAUCUAAUGCACUACCGUAACCGUACUGUUCUCCAUUGGGCUUCCGCACAUCAACGAAUCGACUUGGUCCAAGUACUCCUCGCCCGGGGUGCCAGCGUCAACACCGCAGACAAAUGGGGUAUAACCCCGCUCCACUCUGCGGUCCUCGCCGAAUGUGAGGUGACCGCACUCCAGUGCGCGGCGCUCUUGGGGAACCAUGAGAUUGCUGGACUACUACUAAAUCACGGAGCAAACAUCGAUGCAAACAGCCCCGCAUCCAUGCGCAUGACCGCGGUCCAGUUCGCCGUGGUGCUUGGAUAUGUUAGUGUCGUUGAGCUACUGGUGGGGAGGGGCUGCCGCCUGGACAAGAUCUACGAGUAUGGGCCUACCGCAGCGAUGUUGGAUAAGCAAUCUGGUCGGGGGAUGUUGGUUGAACUCUUGGGAGGCCUCACCCGGCGAUAUGAUACCACACUAAAUGCGGAUGCCUAUGGGGAAACUUUGAAUGGAACUGAUGAAAUAAGAGAAAUUUUGAUACGGGAUGAAGGCUUAGAAGUACAGGAAAGAUGUGGCCCGGGUUUGUGCGGAUCUGAGCUUUGA